UUGUAGCUAUGUCUGAACGAUUCUUUUCGCAUUUCAGUCAUGAAGUGAAUGCUCUAAUGGCCAAGAAUGAGGAAGACGUUUCAAAAUUACACAAUAAAAUUAUGCAUCUAGAAACUGAUCUUGCAACUAAAGAUGGUGAACUUCUACAGGAACGCCAAAUAAAAGAGGACUUGCUGAAUCAAUCUUUUGCUGUUGCCCAGUCUCAGGAUUCUGAACAGAAAGUCAAGAAUGAAAAAUUCGACAAGUUGAAAGAUCUUUAUGUAAAACUUCGCGAUGAACACAUUCAAAAAAUUAGAGAGAAAGCUGAUGUGGAGAAGAAGUUGUUUGGAGCCAUGAAAAGUUUAGAACGUCUGAAUGAUUUAGAAAAGGAUAAAGAAAGAUUGGAAGAAGAAGAAAAACGAAGAAGCGAAGAGCUCUCUACCUUACAAAAAGACAAAGAACUGUUCAACAUGGAAACUGAAAUUCUCAAAAAAAGUGUUAAUGAUGCUUCUAGGGAAAGAGACAUUGUUAAAACUAAACUGGCAAUGAUAAGUGAAGAAAAAGAAGAAAUGAGAAAGAGGUCAGAAGAACUAUACCAUAAAGUAUUGGAUUUAGAAAAACAAUGUUCGUGUGAACGAACAGAAGCUGAAAAGAUAUUGCGUGAAGUUGUUAGAAAAUCAAUCGAAUCAUCUGAAGAGAUAAUGAAAAAUGCUAUACAUGAAGUUGACAACCCAGCUCUGACCGCUCUCACAUGCAGUCCAGAUUAUUUGAGAAGUUUGACUGCAGCUUGUCAGGAGUUGAUGGAAGCUACUUUGAAUAUUGGUGAUACAGACUAUGCAUCUUCUAUAAGUAUUGCAAAUCAGUUAUCUCACAAACUUGCAACCUAUAUUCUUCAAGGACGAGCUACCUGUAAUACAAGUCCUGAUAUUAUGUUUGGAGAAAGUAAGUAUCUUUCUUCUAUUUUUUAUAAUGUUCUUAUAUGUUCCCCCCAGUAA